UAGAUUAUUUUUGUUUCUGCGAGGAGAACCAAAACCGUAGAAACCGAGAGAAAUCCAAAACUAAAUUCAGGAAAAUAGGGUUCAAAAUUCUUUUUGCUAACCAACCUAAUCACACGUUUUGGCAGGUCACAACUCCUCUCAAUUCUCUCCAAUUGGGAGUCUUUGAGCUUGUACAAGUUAAUUAGGAUGAGUAGUCGUCGAACAGCCUUUUUUGCUUACUUUUUAGCAUUCUUGAGGAAAUGCGUAUUUAUGGUGCUCUCUCGAGGUCCAAUUCCCAGUCACAUUGGCUUUAUCAUGGAUGGGAAUAGAAGGUUCGCCAAAAAGAAUAAAUUGAUGGAAGGGGCUGGCCAUAGGGUUGGUUUCUCCGCUCUUAUGUCCAUGCUGAAAUAUUGUUAUGAGUUUCGUGUCAAGUAUGUGACGGUUUAUGCCUUCAGCAUCGAUAACUUUAAAAGAAGACCGGAAGAAGUUCAGGCGGUCAUGGAUCUGUUGCAGGAGAAAAUUGAAGGGCUUACUAAACAGGAGAGCUUAGUAAACCAGUACGGGGUUAAGGUUCGGUUUGUUGGAAAUCUUCAACUCCUUAGCCAACCUGUUAGGUUGGCAGCUGAGAGGGCUAUGGUUGCUACGGCUGACAAUUCUAAAGCAGUUCUAACAAUUUGUUUCGCGUACACCUCAACUGAUGAGAUAUUUCAUGCUGUUCGAGAAUCCUGUGAAGAGAGAAAGGAAGAAUUAAGUGCAUUAGAAUCGACUGGUUCUGGCCCAUAUGGCUUGUUAGGACUAAACAGUAAUGACAGGGGACAUGAAGAGCAUUUUAUUAAUUUAAAAGAUAUUGAGAAACAUAUGUAUGUUACACCUGAUCCCGACAUUAUAGUUCGCACUGCGGGAGAGACUCGGUUAAGCAAUUUCCUCUUGUGGCAGAGUUCAUCUACCCUUUUGUACUCUCCCUUAGUGCUCUGGCCAGAGAUUCGGUUUAGGCACUUGAUAUGGGCAAUUAUAGACUUUCAGAGGAACUACUUAUAUUUGAAGGGUAAACUAAAGCAGCAAUAAAUAUUCAGGUGCAUGCCAAGCUAUAUGGUAUAAACGCAAACUUGCUUGUAUACCCCUAUUUGUAUCAGGCCAUUUUCUAACCUGGUUGCCUCAUUUGAAUGAAAUAUGAUUCUCCCUUACAGUGAGUUAUAUAGUCAAUGUAAAUUGUAUCUGAAUGGAUUUAGCCUGUAUCUGGAUGGAUUUAAAUUAUGUGUCCAGUGCAUUACAAAAAGCUGUUUAGCAUUUGAAAUGUAUAAACAGUAGGUUUUGCAUUUGAAAUAUCUUAAUCAAUGAUGUCUUUGUGUUAAGAACUACUAUGUAUGUUUUUGCUCACAUUGGUGUGUGCCUGUGUUUAUACUACAGUAUGUUUGCUGUCAAGCAAGGGUAUGGGAGUAAAAUACUUUGUAGUAUGUUCAAGCAUUUUGAGUUUUUUACAAAUAUGACAGAUAAUUAAACUUGAGUGUAGGAUAGUUUAUUUGUUUUUCAGCAGGUCAGUAGACUGUGAAUAUAUCAGUGUUGUAAAAAGCGGGAAUCGGACUUAAUCGGUGAAGUUGCGGAACAAGGAUUAAUCGGGGAUUAAUUAAAUUGAUCGGGGAUUAAUCGGAUUGAUCGGUGAUUAAUCGGAGAUUUAAUCAGUUCGGCGAGCUACGGAACAGGGAUUAAUCGGUGAUUAAUCGUGAUUAAUCACUGACUUUUAGAACAGAGGAAUAUAUUAUGGAUUCUGUGCAUUCCUUGCGCAAAAUAUGUUUAGUGAAAAUCAGGAGCAGCGGCCCUUGUGUAAUUAAAAAUAGGUAAUAUGUUCUCUCUGUGUUCCUGAUUUUCUGUGAGGCUGAAAGUUCUUCCAACUGUUGCUGAUGUCUCUUUUAUUCCUUAUAAUUUAAUUCGAAUCAAUCCAUGAGUGAAUACAAUUAACAAAAAGUGAGUUGCUGUGUGAUUUAAGUGGCCUUGAAUUUUGAUAAGGUAAUCAAAGAAUACACUCAUAAUCUAUAUUUAGAUGCACAAAAGAUACUACAGCAUAAUUAUAGUAUUCCGGAGGGGUUGUUCUGCUUUUCAGUUUUGUUCUUGGGUCCUGCUUCGGCUUCGUGGUUCUAGUCAGUGGCCUAGCUAUAGAGUAACCAGGAGUACCUUUGGAGUACUCUGAAAAAUGUUUAUUUUCUAUGUAAAUUAUGUGCACAAUAUUACUUUGCUCAAUUUGUUUAGUUUCUGCUUUUUCAAACUCUUGCAACCCACAGACAUAGGUUCAAAUCCCAGUCUUGUCUUCCUUCUUCUUUAUCCUACCUUACAUGAUGGUUUUAUCUAUACUAUGAUAAAGUCGAUUAAAUUAAAAGACUGUGAUUAAUGUAUAUGUGGAUUUCUGGACCGCAGUACAAGGUAUAUAGCUUUUGCAUAUUUUCUAUGGAACAAGUGCAGGUGUUAAGACAGCUUGGUGAUCCUUACAAAAGGUAGUCAAAAAAUUUCUUUUUCUAGGCUGUUUCUCUCUAAGGUUGUUAGAAUUGUGUUUUACUAAAUUGUUUGUUUAAUGCUUUGGAGCAUUGCGCGUGGACUUACAUUUGGAUUCAGUAAGGUUGCAUAAGGACUCUACUUGUGUUUCGCCAAGAAUAUCUAUAGCUAUAAAUAUUACUGAAGUGUUUCUCCACUUUUUGAACUAAUUUUCUGCUCAUUUUGGUCACAUCCAUCUGGGGAUUAGCUUGCCGUCCUACAUUAUUUUAUGUGUAAUAUAUUAAUUUCUGUACUUCUAUAAAUGGUCUGUGAUUGGAGUAUGAAGUGUUUAUGCUGUGGUAUAUUUCAGUCUUAUUACCACUUGGAUACUAUGUAUGGUCGUCAUAUGACUUCUAUGUUCCCCAAAUGGUCCUAUAACAAUAAUUAAACUUUUAAUUAUCAGGAGAAAACACUGUUCAUCUACUUUGAUAUAUUAGAUAUUACUUUUUUUUCAUGCUUAAUUUUGUCAUUUUUUGGAAAUAUGUUUAGUUAAAUUGAAUUCUCUUGUAAAUAAGAGGCUAAUCUCUUUUAUUUGUUUGGUCUCUUGUAGUCUGUCUUGUUUCCAGUGGUGAAUAAUGAUAAUCAAAACAGUAUGAGAUAUGCCUAUACUAAAACAUGUGAUAUUUAGUAUUUAUCUUUUGUUGCAACCAUUAAGUUAAUGGUAAAUGUCAGGAUGGGUUCAAGUAUCUACAGGGUUUUUAUUGAUUACCAGAAUGUAUUGCCACUUUGGGUGUUAGGCUCUAGUUUUUGCAAGAAAUAGAUAUCUUUUCAGUUCGAUUCUUCUAAUGCAUUGUUGAGGUACGUAUUUCCGCCAAACCUGAUGGUCAAGGUGCUAAAGUUUUGACAUGGCACCAUGCUAUCUGUUACAUGGAAUCAUCUCCUACCAUUGAAGUAAAUAUAUAUCUGGAUGGGAUGACUUUCUGCAUCUGAUCAGACCGCUGUUAUUGCGAGGUUGAAAAGUCAACUAGCAAAGGUCCAAUUAAUGAUCCAGUAGAUGAUACACGUCCCCAACAUAUGAUGGUUUUUCUGUUGGUUUUUUUUGUGAAUUCCCGUCGUUCAGCGGGAAAACACCGUUGAACGUACUAACGGCAUUUUGACAAUUAUAAUCACAAAUUCAAAAAUCAAAUCUUUCAGCGCUUUAAAAGCGCUGCAUGUCACCGUUCAGCGCUUUUAAACCACUGAAUGUCAGCUGUUGAUUUGCUCAUCGGACGGUUAAAAAGCUGUAUGAUAAUAGUUUUGUUAUUUCCCCUCUCUCAUCUCUUUUCAGUGGUUCAAGUCACAAGAGGCGAAACAUCGUGUAAGAGUACUACAAGGAGUACAUCGUCUAUUAUACAGCUCUAGUUAAGAUGAAUUUUUACUGAAGGUGAGGUUCCAUCAUAAACGGUGAGGGCCUGAAGGUUUUGGUGGUUGAGAUAAUUGCUUUUGUUAAGAUCUUGUUUCUAGUCUGCUCGAUGGCCUAAAGGACACUAUUGUUCAGCUACAAUGAGUAAUUAAGUUCCAGUAAUUCACUAUUCAUUGUAUUAUCUGACAUCGAUUGUUCAGCUAUUUUUGUCUUAGAAAGGAUGCAUUUGUCAUCACUUGUGGUAUCUGUCUUUAAACAGACUUUGGUGGGAUGGAAGCAGAAAUUUUGAUAAACACUGGGGUUUAUGUUAAACUGGAAAUGUUUGAGACA